UUACGAAGUUCAAAAAUGCUAAUCAACAUUACAGAUUUUCGUUGGUGUGAAAAUCUUACAGAUGUAGACUUAGUUGUACCCCUACAUGGUAUCAGUGCAUCAAAUGUAGACACACUUAUUACAAGUCAAUAUGUCAAAGUUGUUAUCAAACCGUACAUUUUUGAAUGUGCGUUGUACAAACCGAUCAACGUUGAAGAGAGUACAUUGAAACUAUCAGAUGGUGCGGCUGAGUUUAACCUCAAGAAAUCUAGUGCUGAACUAUGGAAUCAAUUGACAUUAGAUGACAUGAAGGACAGAAAAAGUCUGUUACAAAUUAAACAAAAUGCCAUACUUGAGCAUCAAGAACGCGUAAUGAAACGCGCUAAAGCAAACAAAGAAAUGAAUAUAAGGGGUGAAAAAUACGCAUUGGAACAGAUUAUGAAAUUAGAGAAUGUGUCUCGUGAGAAAAUUAGACUUGAAAAGGAGCAGGCUAGCAAACAAGCGAUAAGCGAGUUUGUAAAUGUUUUUAACAAAUCUAGCCAAAAAGAGAAUGAGCUGGAAAAUAAAAUUACAGAAGCCCGAAGAUUUGCUAAACAAUAUAUAACGGAAACCAUUGAUGAAGAAAACAACAUGGAAUUAAAUAAGGAUAUCCAACGUUUAGCAUUUAUUCAGAAACCAAUAGAUUUGCCAGUGAGGACUUCAUCUACAAUCGAAGUUAAAUUUACACCUAGAGUAUUUCCUACACCUGAACGAGAGUCGACAAAACAAGCUGAGGAUGAGUGGCUAAACAGACAAGCCGAAUAUAGAAGAAAACUAUUGGACCGUGUUGUGCCUAAUGAUUUGUCCAGGAAUGAACUAGAUCCUAUAUGGUUACGCAAAAAAGGAGAGACUAUAGUUCAGUUGUUUACAGUCAUUUGCCUAAGCCAGAUAAAAGUCUAAUAGCACAGCUUCUAUGAAGAAAAGUCAAUGUGACGUUGUUAUAUUUUAUGAAAAUGUGAAGUAAGUGUAUCAUAAGGGGGUUUGUAAAUAUGAUAGAAUAUUUUCUUUUUAGUUUAUUAAAUGUGAGUGCUAUACAUUCUUAUAUUAAAAAUAAAUUCAUUCAUUAUCUAACUCAGAGAGAAACAUUAAUAUGCAAUGUUUAACAUUUUAUUAUUAUUUGUCUCUUUUUCGGAAGCUCAUUAUUUCAAGCUGGAGAUUAUGAAGCUGCUGUCAUUGCUUAUACAGAAGCUAUAACACAAAAUCCUAAAUUACAUUCGGCUUAUUCGAAUAGAGCUGCAUGUCACUUACAAUUGCGGAAUUAUUUUAAGGCUCUAGAGGAUAGUUCAAUGGUACUAGAUCUUUGUGUACCGCCUGUAGCGCAAAAUUUAAAAUCACGUGUACGUGCACAUAUUAGGCGUGGAGCAGCAUUUUGUAAUCUACAAUUGUACAAAGAAGGACUUAUCGAAUACAGAGCUGCACAAAAGCUUCAACCAGAUGAUGACACAAUUAGAAAGGACAUUGGAAAUUUAGAGAAAUUUGUAAAUCAAGAAUAAUUAAUAUAUUGCAAAACAAUUUACACUCAUUUCUACAUUAACUUUUUGUUGUGACUUUAUCUUAAGGAUAAAUCAGGUAGAGUGUAGACAUUUAUUUACUUCUUUCUAAGUUGCUGUAAAUUAUAAGUAGAAAAUUGACAAUUUUGGUCAUACCUCUUUAACUUUACCAUUUAUCACAUUAUUCUGGAGUCUAUUUCACCUUAAAUGCUUUAUAUUUAUGUAGAACUAUCUCGAGCAAACAUUUUUCAGUUCCAUAAUUAUCCAUAAGCUACAUAAAUUGUAUCUGUAACCAUGAAAUUUGCUUUGGAUUAUAGAAAGCCUGCGUACAUGUCUACCCUUAGGGCUGAACCGUUAUGAGUUGUCAAAACCUCUAACCAUUAGGUUAGAAAUAUGUUAUUAUGUGACAUGUUAGACUGAACCAAUCUUUGUAUGGCGAAACACAGAAUAUUGUUGUCUAUAUUAAAUGGUAUUUAAUAUUAGUAGAUGUAGCACUGAGGG